GUGGUGGCCAUCGACGUGGACAUGGCGUUCUUUGAGCCCAAGAUGAGGGACAUCCUGGAGCAGAACUGCAGCAGUGAUGAGGACUGCAGCUUCUUCGACUGCUCGUCCAGGUGUGACCCGCUCCGCCGCAGGUGCAGCCCCCGCCGCAGGAACACCAACCUGCAG